AAAGUGGAACUAUUCAUAUUAUUAUUAUCGUUCUGUGGUUUUCUUGAGAAAUGUCGUUAUGUCAUGACUGUUACUCAUGCAUCCUGUUUCCUUUUGGUUUGUAAACUUGCUCUUUAUGUUUUUAAGAAAUGAAAACUUGUACUUUUAAAUACAUAAAUCCCUCGUUUGUGCUUAUUUUUUUACAUAUUCCAACAAAAUUCUGUAUUUAAUUGAGUCUGGAUCUGUUAAUAGCAGCAGAUGUUGCAGAUUAUGUUUUCCAGAGCACAGAUCAAGAAGUUGAGCCAGCAGGUUGGCAUGACAUAUUGAUUUCCUUCCUCAUUUUUCUAAAAGAAACAGAAAGAUUUGGUGCAGCGCUGCUCAGUCGGUCCCAGGGUUUAUAUGGGGGAGAAAAAUCUUUGUAUCCUCUCUUCAGGACAUGUUUAUGCAAUAUCCUACACACAUGCGAUGCAUUUCUCAUCUUUCCUUCUUGAUCCUGAUCCAAGCGUCCUGCUCCAUCAAAGUCAUUGGUCAAGUUGGGCAAAAUAUAACUUUGCCCUGCAGAUAUGACACCCAAACCAAUGGAGGUUUAACUUUCUGCUGGGGACGUGGGGCGGUGCCGUGGUCCAAAUGCUCCAACACAAUCCUCUCAUUCAAAAAUGGGGAUGUGAUCUUCAGAACGUCCCUAAAGUACCAGCUACUGGGACGAGUCGCAGAGGGUGAACUGUCCCUGACCAUCAUGGAUGCUCAGAGGGCCGAUGCUGGUGUAUAUGGAUGCAGGGUGGAGGUUCCUGGGUUGUAUAAUGACCAGAAGGUUAACACACAACUGGUAAUGGAAGCUCCUCCAGAGAAACCAUCUGAAACAACAAAAGAAAGUCCUACAACAAUAGAGAAGAUCCAAAGUGGAACAGAUGAUGGAAUAUUCUCAGCCUUCUUGGGAAUUGGAAACAUCACCAGGAUGGCGGUUAUUUUCCUCUUCCCCACAUUCAUCACCCUCCUCUUCAUUAUCACAGGAAGGAGAGCUCUGUCGAGGAGGAAGCAGCAUGUUGACACCUUUGCUGCUGAGAAUAUUUAUGAAAGCAUCCUCACGACUAAAUGAUGCUCAGAAAUAGAAGACAAGCAACUUUUUAGAUCAAGGUGCAGAAGUAGCUGCUUUUCAUGAGUUAAAUGUAUUAUGAUUAACUUUCCACCAAAGAACAAGACGGUUCCCGUUUCACAUCCAGCAAUCCCCCAUCAGACGACGAUGAGGUGUAUGUGUGGACACAAGAUGAAGAUGUACAAUUACCUCAGAGGCUCUCUGUUUCUGUUUUUGUCCAGAAGUUGUGUGUGCAUCUAGCGCCAUCUGUUGGGCUUGUUAAAUAUCACAACUAUAAUGUGAAAAGUCAUCUUGAUGAAAGGUGCUUUUAAACCUGUUUAUAGGAUAUAAAGUAAGCUGAACUAUCACAAAUAAAUAUAUUUUGUUGCCCAUCUGAUGUAUUUUCUGAUAAAAAUCACAUAAAUUAAAAGUACUAAUUCAUGUGUGUAAUUUUAACUUUGAUCAUUUCUUUCUCUCUCAUUAGAAAACUUGGUUUUAUAUUUUCUGGAAAGCUCAAACCCAAAUUCUCUUUUCUGUCUAAAUAUUUAUUUUCAGUGGCUUGAUUUUACAAGUUUGAUGGUUCCUUUCUGGUUUAUGAGAUAAAUGUUUUAUUAUUUUAUCUCCACUGCUUUGCAUGAUAAUUACAUAAUAAAAAUACAUCUCUGUGUCAUUUAUUAUUAUCAGCUC